CGUGAAGGGGACAUGACGUAGAAUCCCCGCGACGCACAUGUGAGCGUGUAGAGCGGAGGAGCCAUGGCUGACGAGAGGUUGCAGUUUCACGAAAUGGGCAUAGACGACCGUCUUCUCAAGGCAGUUGCAGAUCUGGGUUGGUCCCAGCCUACCCUGAUCCAAGAGAAGGCCAUCCCUUUGGCUCUGGAGGGGAAAGACCUUCUGGCUCGAGCCCGGACGGGAUCUGGGAAGACGGCUGCUUAUGCUGUACCUGUCGCACAGCGCAUCCUCACCUCCAAACAGAGCGUUCGUGAGCAGGACGUGAGGGCUCUGAUCCUCGUUCCAACCAAAGAGCUGGGUCGGCAGGUGCAGGCCAUGAUGAAACAGUUGACGGCGUACUGCUCGAGGGACGUGCGAGUGGCUGACAUCUCUGGCAAGGCUGACCUGUCAGCGCAGAGACCCAUCUUAAUGGAGAAGCCUGACGUGGUCGUGGGGACGCCAUCCCGCGUGCUGGCCCACCUCAACGCACAAAACUUGGUCCUGCAUUCGUCACUUGAGAUGCUGGUGGUGGACGAGGCCGACUUGCUCUUCUCUUUCGGAUUCGAGGCUGACCUGAAGAACCUGUUGUGUCAUUUGCCGAAGAUCUACCAGUCGUUCCUGAUGUCUGCUACUCUCAGCGAGGACGUUCAGGCCUUGAAGGAGCUGCUGCUACACAAUCCUGUCAUCCUGAAGCUGCAGGGCUCUCAGCUCCCAGACAGCAGCCAGCUGCAGCAGUACAGCAUCAACUGUGAGGAGGAGGACAAGUUCCUGCUCAUCUACACGCUGCUGAAGCUGCGACUGGUUCAGGGAAAAACGCUGGUGUUUGUGGGAGCAGUGGAAAGAUGUUACAGACUCAAGCUGUUCCUGGAACAGUUUGGUAUUCCCGCCUGCGUGCUCAACUCUGAGCUGCCUGUUCAGUCCAGGUGCCACAUCAUCACCCAGUUCAACCAGGGAUUUUAUGACUACAUCAUUGCUGCAGAUGAACAGAGUUUGGCUGAUCCCUCUGCGGCUCCACAGAUGAGUGCAGUUAAAGGGAAGAAGAAAAAGACCACAGAGGGCGGAGGAAAGGCGAAGGACAAGGAGUAUGGUGUCUCCAGAGGUGUGGACUUCCAAAACGUCGCCAAUGUCAUAAACUUCGAUUUUCCCACGACGGUAGAGUCCUACAUUCAUCGAGUUGGACGAACGGCGAGAGCAGACAACCCAGGCACAGCUCUGUCGUUCAUCUCUCACACUGAGCUGGGUUUGUUGUCGGAAGUGGAGGAGGCUCUUAUAGGAGAUAAAGCUGAUUCUGUUCUGAAACCUUACAAGUUUAAGAUGGAAGAGAUUGAAGGCUUCAGGUACAGGUGCAGGGACGCCAUGCGUUCAGUGACAAAGCAGGCAGUGAAGGAGGCCAGGCUGAAGGAGAUCAAACAGGAGCUGCUUAAUUCAGAAAAACUCAAAACAUAUUUUGAGGAUAACCCCAGAGAUCUGCAGCUGCUCAGACAUGACAAAGACCUCCAUCCUGCUGUCGUCAAACCCCACCUGAAGAACAUACCCGAGUACCUCGUUCCUGAGACACUGAGGGAUGUGGUGAACCCCCUGGUCAGUAGGAAGAGGAGGAGGAUGAAGAAGGAAAAAUCUAAACCUGAAGGAGUUGUCAAGACCAGUUUCAAGAGGAACAUGAAGGGGACGAACCCACUGAAGAGUUUCAAAUACAGCGGCGGGAGAGGCAAGAAGGGCAAAACAGUCCAAUCAUAGCUGCGACUGUAGAACACAUGAACAUGUAUCAGUCCUGGAUGGUGGAACUUUGCAGAGACAUUGAACAGAAGGACGGUUUGGUCUCCACGUUUGCCCAGGUGAGACAGACCUUUUGGACUUGCAUUAGAAGCUCCGCGAGUCACAGACAAAAUGGAUUUAUGCCUACUCAUGUGGACAGAAGAAAAUAUACAAAAUAUCAGUUUGAAUCUGGAUUUUGUUAAAUUCACUCAUGACUGAGGGCAAAAUGAGACAGUUAGAGGAAUAAAGUAUCCAUCUCAUCUUUGUAAUAUGUUAAUUAAAAUAAAGUGAAUUCCCCCCAAAAAACUGUGUAUUUGUAUCAUAGUUCUACUGGAUCACAGAGCUGUCAAUCAAACUUUAUUUGUUCAAAUGGAUUUACAGAUGACUGAUUUAAGACUGAUAAUAAGACAGAAUUGUAUAAAAAAACUUAGUGAUGUGAAGUGAAAACUGUAUAAAAUGGAUAAAAAAGACAGAUCAAAUAAGAUGAUGGCAAUAAAUUACAAUAAAAUGGAGGUUAAAGCUAUGAUGAUAAUAAUAUUGAUAAUAAUGAUGAUAGACUAAGACUCAGCCUUUUUCAGGAGGAGCUUAAGACCCUCCCUCUGGCUGCCAUUGGCUGAAUUUAACUUAACUGAAGAAGAGCCGCAGGUGUCGAGUCAGUAUUGCGAUCUGGAUCGGGACCUUGUUCUUCACGGUUGAAAGUGAACGCAUCGCCAGCAAAUUGCCGAGAAACACAACACAUUCGGACAAGAUUUUCAAAAUAACCCCAAUCCGGACGGGCUUCAGCACCUUUGAGAGCAAACUUUGCAAAUUAUAAGAAAUGGAAGAGGUUUUAUAGCCUACUGAAGAUGCAGUAAAUAUAUGUUUAUAAUCAGCAAAUGUCUUGUUUAUUGUUCCUAGCUGUAACUUUCUCCAAGCAAAACAUUUCUGUAGUAUAUGUUUUUUUUUCUUGUUAACAUGCUUUUUUCUAUAUGUAUUUUACUUUACAUUGAUAUUGUAUUUACUUUGCAUUUUUUCACUCAGUUUUUGCUGUCUUUUGUCAAAGUGUCAGUAUUUUUUUUCUUUUUGAUUAUUUCUGCUGAGUUUGGAAUACAGUGUUGAGCGUAAAUGAUUAUUUCUUUGAGCAUAUCCAUCCAGAUGUAAAUUUUCCUCCUUAAGAACAGAGCCGUCCUGACAUAAGACACACAGUAACAUCUUGACACAACAGACUUGUAGAUUUGUUUUAGUUUAAUCACUUACUGAAUCACAAAGGCACUACUGUAUUAUCGGAACCUGUUGAUUGUCUAAUGGUUGGAGUCUGCUGUAAUUCUAUUAAAUCUUGUGGGUGUUGAA